AUGUCUUCCAUCAUAGAAUUCGACUCGACUCUCAAGGACCUAUACGCCCUUAGUCCUGGCGAUGAUGCCAAAAUCCACCUCUGCUACACUAUACCAACAGUACAGGUGCAGAUGACGAAUAAUAUUCCCAUCUGUAAAAAGUACGCUUACCAAGACCCUCUUUCUCACAAGGAUAGAGGCGUCCAGGCCCGUAUCUUUUCCCAAGUUGUGCCUCAGCUUUUUGGCAUGAUUGCAGGCAAGAUGAACCUCAUCAUGUUCGAUCUGGACGGACAGAGCACAGGCGAUGUAGAUCUGAAGCCUCGCACAGACACACAAAAGGUCAUGCAGCAGAUCUGUGAGCAUCAGCGGCCUACAGUUACCUACGUGCACAGUCCUUCAGAUGUCAAGAUCCCUGAGGGUGCCAAACUGGGUCUGGCCAAUCCUAUGGACUGCCUCGAGCAUCUUCCUGCCGCGGUUCCAUUCGAAUCUCACUACCGGGCACUCUCUAAGCGAGAACUGGUGUUUUCAGGCUUACCUACGCCACCGUCGAUGGUGAUCGACACUUGCCUCGAUCCGAGGCAGGUUCUUGAUUCGCAAAUUCGGGCUCAAGAAGUCACCCGAAUGCUUUCUUUCGUCGAGGAAAAGAACCUUCCAUUUGUGGUCAAGCUUCCCCAGGCGCUUUCCGGCCAGGGAACUUUCCUUGUUCGGAGCGAGUCCGAUAGGUCGACAAGCUUGGGGGUUCUGAGACAAGAAGUGGACCGUAUGCUUGUUCAACUCAACGACUCUAAUAGUCAUCUACAUCCUACAAGCAUUGUCGUACAGGAGAUUGUUCCUGGCUCCGCUCUCGCGAUUUCCUUGUUUGUGCCCAAAAACGGGGAACCGAUCCUAACCUCUUGCUGCGAUCAAUUCGUAUCGGAGGACGGCCAUUGGGAUGGUGGACAUAUCGACUAUUCUCAGCAAUCUCACCUCAAGGCUCAUUAUCUGCCUAUUGCCAAAAAGAUCGCCGCUUACUUGAACCGUCUUGGAUAUUAUGGCCCGGUAGGGGCGGACAUCAUGACUGAUGCCCAAGGCAACCACUUGGUGAUUGAUCUCAACACUCGUGUCACGGGCUCUCACCCAUUGGGAUUCCUCAAGGGAUUUUUCAGCGUCACGCGAGGUUUCAACGACGCUGCCGUGUUUUUCCCACUAUUCAUCAAUUUGAGUUUGGACCGUUUUCGCGAGAUAUUCAAUGCCGAGUUAGACGAGGGAAGGAUCGUUAUUGCAGGUUGGUGUCAUGAAGAAGGGUUGCAGAGUAGUGUUACAACCAUCAUUGUUGCGGGGGAGGAUCAGGAACGCCUGGGGGGACUUGCACAGAGGAUCAAGGCAUACGCCACUCUUGGACAUUGA